ACCCUUGGCUAUGUUCUAAACCUAUUCAAAAACAAUAUGAGGAAUUAUUUUACUUAACAUUGGGUAUGAAAGACGAAAUUUAUGAAGAACUUACUAACUUUCUUUCAGUUAUUUUAGAGGAACUUCUUUUUGAGAAAAAUCAGAAAACAAAUAUGAUUGAUGACUUGGUAAACUCUCAAAGCCGGAUGAGAAGUAUGAAAAAAUACACUUUUUGUCAAGCCUCUGAUAUCGAUAAUAGGAAACGGGUUUGUCCAAAUUGUCAUAAUAAAUUGCCUACGAUUAGUGAGAUGAAUCAACAAUCUAAUGAACUACCUACUAUCAAAAAUAUUACUGACAAGUCUCUAGUUAUCUGUCCUUAUAGAUUUAAAGAAUCAGAUGCACAAAGAUCUGAUACCCAAGAACCUCGAACACGUCCUAGUUUUACUAUUGAAUCAAGUCGCUAUCAGGCUCAAAUAAGAAAACCCCAAUUCGUAAAUCUGAAAUCUAAUAAUUGUAUUUUUCAAAAUAUAAGUGGAGAGUGGAAAAUAACAUUAAAUAUUUGGCAUCCAAUACCAAUAACAUGUGAAGAGGCGGAUCAUCAAAAGAAUGAAAGCUCUUUAAAAAAGUCAGAAAUCUUAUCCAUUAUUAACUCUUUAAUUUCUUCUUUAGAUAAUUCUGAUCAUUCACAUUUCCGAAGUUUAUUGAAUAAAUCCUGUAAUGACUUAAUAAAUAUUCUUCAAGAGAUUAGAAGUGUAUUGGCCGAAAAUAACAUUAAUAUUGAUAGUGAAGAAUAA